AUGGCCUACAACGGUCCUACACACAGGCGCCAAGGCAUCUACUGGCACGGCCACUGGACACCCAUCGAGUAUCCCCUUCUCAGCUCCAACUAUAGCUACAAGGUUCGGGACUUCGUUGUCGAGGCUACGCUUACAGAGACCUACCAAGCUCAGACCAAUGUCGAGCGUAAUGUUUCGUACCUCUUUGAGAUUCCCCCUGAGGCGUCAGUGACCGGGUUUUCCGCCCAGAUCGGAGAUACCCGUAUUGAAGCGAUCGUAGAUGAGAAGGAGGAGGCGAAUGCAAAGUAUGAAGAAGCUAAAGCAGCUGGCGUCCAGGCGUGGAAGCUGGAUAAGGUUCAAGAAGAAGUGUUCGAAAUAAGCUUGGGAAACAUCGCUCCUAACUCAUCGAUCAUGACCCGUGUUACUUACGCUCACCUCAUUUCGAGCGAUACGAUAGAGGACUCUGUUCGUCUGACCAUCCCCUGUGGCCUUGCACCUCACGCGGGAAGGCCAGGACCCGCCACAUACCCAACGGCCCCUACCGGCACAGCUGCGGUCACCAUCACUGUUGGGAUCCAUGUUAAUUCCACCCGAAUCUUAGGUCUCAAUUGUCUCUCUCACCAGGCCACUAUCAACUAUGGAUUCUCCGACAACUCGUUCAAGAGUCUCAGCCCGGCGGAGAUGAACAAGAAGUUCAAAGAUUGGAAAGCGUACGUCGAGUUUAAAAGCAAAGAAUUCUUAAGAGGCAACUUUGUCCUGGUGUGGGCGGUCCAGUCCAUGGACGCGGGCCGUUGCGUUUUCGAGCCACUCCACCCGCCGAUUGAUGGACAAGCUGAAACCACAGCCUUCGCUUUGACAUUGGUUUCUAACGUGAUGCUAGACCCUGAAGAGCAUGAAUACAUCUUCCUUGUUGAUAGAAGCGGGAGCAUGUCAGGAUCUCGCCUGCAAAUGGCCAAGGAUGUCGUCGAAAUGAUGCUGGCCAAUCUUCCCACGAAAAAGAGGUCAUCGUUCAAUAUAUACGGCUUUAACACGGCAGCGAAAUCAAUCCUCCCCAAUGGCCGAAGCGUCGGAUAUGACAAGAAAAACGUUUUCGCUGCUAUCAAUCGGCUCAACACAUGGGACGCCUGGGGAGGCACGGACAUUAACUCUGCCUUGACCACCGUCUUCAACCAACGCGAUGCUGCUAAGCCUCGUUGCUCUGUCGUGGUAAUCACCGACGGUCUUGACUGGGGCGUCACGGCCGCUAUGCAGACCAUUCAGAAGCAUGCCACAGCAGCUGCGGAACAGGGCAAGCUCUUGCGAGUCUUUGUCAUGGGCCUGGGUGACGAUGUCUCGAGAGGAAUGUGCGAAGCGUUGGUGCGGAGUGGCUCAGGAGCUACAGCAUAUAUAAGCGACUCGUGGAUGCAAGACAGUGAUCAUUGCGAACUUAAAGCCUGGACCAUGAUCAACAGCAUCAACCGCGCCCCUAUUCGUGUUCGUUUCAUCGGAUGGGGGAUGACCCCAGCGGAAAGCCCGCCUCAGGCAAGUGGAAAGAACAUGGCCAGUCGCCCCCGACCUGAUCAAAGCCAACUGGGACCGGCUGCUAAGGGCGAUAAUGUCCCUCCACCUGAAGCUAUUCAACAGGCCCCUCUACCCGGCACAAUGUUCUGGGCCGUCCGCAGCCAUUGGUACGCCAUCAUCGACGGCACCUACAACACCCCGAAGGUCAAGAUCGAGUACGAGAUCCCCGGCGGCAUCAUCAACACAAUCGAAAUCCGCCACGGAGAUAACAGCCCCGGGCGUCUGGUGCACAGCCUUGCCGCGCGCGCCCUGAUCCAAGUGCUAGAGGACAAGGCAAUCUCCAUCACCAAUGCGGGCCAGAAGUACGAGAACGAGGCCGAGAUUGUCCGGCUAGGGAAAACUUACAGCCUGGCUAGUACGCAGACCUCCUUCGUUGCCACCAUGGCGGGCGUGGGUACUCAGGCCAAGAUCACCAGUAAUGCUCCACCAGGCGGCCGGACCCGUCUGUCCAGCGUCCCCCAGGGUGAUACUGCCUCGGAUCUCAACUUCGUACACGCGCAAUUUAGUGUUACCGCGCAAAUGAAACUGGAAAUGACAAUGCGCAACCAAGUUUUCAGGGGCGAGUCGCUGUUGCCGUUGCCGCCGUCACCACCGCUGAAGAUAACUCCUCUCGAGAUGCCUCGCAUCGGCGCGAUGAGCUUAUCCCUCCCCUUAAACGAUGCCUCCUCCUCUGACGCCGACUCGAUCGCCAGCAAUGACGGCGAAGACGACCUCUCUGACCUCAUCGCCGCGCAAGAUGCCACCACCGGCGCCUUCGACCCCGCCGUCGUCGAGCGCAUCGUCUUCCGCGGCAUUGCUGGCGGGAUCCCGGCCGUCGCCGCGGCUAUAUCUGCUCUGGAGGUCCGAGAUGACGACGACGACGACGUUAAGCGCCAGGUCUGGGCUGCGAUCUGCGUGAUUGCGUUUUUCGAAAGAAGGCAUGCGGAGGAUAGCGGGGAGUGGUUUGUGGCGAAUUUCAAGGCGGAGAAGUUCGUGAUGACGAGUCUGCGCUUUGGGCUGGGGCUUGAUGAGGGGAGGGCUGGGGAGGUUUUUGCUGAGGCGCUGGAUGAGGCGGGGGGGUUUAUGGUGGGGGUGGUGUGAGUGCUGGGGGAAUGAAUGGAAUACCUAGGCAUUCACUGAAAUUCAUGUUGGACAAAACAAAGUUUCUUGAAACAGUUUCAAAUACUUGUAGAUAGAGGCAGGUACGCCAAAGAGGAAAGUGCGAUGCGCUGUAGCAUGCUUAUUAGGUACCUAACCUAGUACCUACAUGUAGUAUCUUCAUUCCUUCAAUUUUUCAUCUCUUUCCAACGUUAGGUACCUACCUACCUACCUACCUAGGUAGGUAUACAAAUACCAGGUCUUCAUGAGGCAAUUCAAUGUUGAACUGAAAUACUUAAUACUUGAACUGAUUUCAUUUACAAAGUACCCGCCUAGUUGCCUUCUUCUUUUCGACAGCCCGACCUUCGCACGCAUGCACACUAAUAAUCGACCUCGGCGGGCACUCCAGUAGGGCCAAAUAAUAGGUAGCGACCGUGGGCAUCGGACCAGAAAAAGUUCGAGGCAAAGCUCAUGGAAAUAUCGACUGCGAUAUCCACAGACUGAAGCCGCAUGUGAGCAUGUGAACUACUUAUUAAAAGUUGAUGGCUGGAAAAUGAGCCCUUACCUUCCCCUGACU